UGUAAAUCACAUCACUUUACACCAUGGAUCUUGAUAUAAAAAUCAUCGAUUAUCAAGGGAAUGAAUUAACUAAGGAUGAUAUUCAAAAAAGAAUCGAAGAAUUAAGAAAAUUAUUUCAAAAUGAUGAAGAAUUACACAACCUUCGCUCAGAUGAUAAAUACCUCUUAAGAUUUCUUUUUCCAUCCAACUUUAAUGUUGAAGAAGCAUUUAAAAGUGCCAAAGCUCUCUAUAAAUAUUUUAUAGAAGAAUGGGAUUGGUUGCCAUCAAACCCAGUUGAAGAAUUAAAGAAAUAUAUUGACAUGAAUAUGAGACACGCUUUACCAUUUACCGAUAGAAAAGGAAAACGGUUGCUUUUAUGUAAAGCUGAUACAAUUAAUCCAUCAAAAUUAACUUUAACCGAAUUAGUGAAAUUUGAAAAUACUUUAUUAGAAUAUCUUGUUGAUGACACAGCUGUUUUGGCGAAUGGUGUUUCGAUGAUAAUGGAUGUACACGGAACCUCUUGGAGAUUAUUGAGUUGGUUGACACCAGGAAAUGUAAAAAAGUUCGCUAAAAGAUUGGAUAACAUUGUUGUUAAAGAUAUUGAAUUCCACGUUGUUCGAACAACGUCGUUAAUGAGCGCUAUUUUAAAAGUAACGAUGCCGUUUUUACCUCAAAAAAUUAAAGAAAAGAUCGUUUUUCAUUACAAUGAUUUUGAUUCUUUACAUAAACACAUCAGCCCAGAGUGUUUACCUAAAGAAUUCGGUGGAACUUAUGCUAUUAAUUACGAGAAAUUGAAUAAAGAUUUUAUGUCUCAUAGCAAUCAAAUUAAUAAAAAUAUACAAAUGUAUAAAAUUUUCAGAGAAGAUGCACAGUCACGUUUUAGAAUGACGAGUUCGAGUGAAAUGGAGAAAAAGAAAAUCAUCGAUUUCGAAGGAAAAGAGCUCAAUUCCGAUGAUAUAAAACAAAGAAUCGAAGAAUUAAGACAGCUCAUUUUAGCUGACGAAAAUUAUCGACUUCUACGCACGGAUGAUGCCUUCCUAUUGAGAUUUUUGCAUCGACUAAACUUUAACGUACAAAAAGCGUUUAAAGGAAUUAAAUAUUAUUACAAUUACGUCGUUGAAGAGUACGAAUGGUUACCAUUGGACCCAAUAGAAAAUUACAAAAAACACCUGGAUAUGAACAUGCGUUUUAUUUUACCACACAAAGACAAACAAGGAAAAAGAAUAAUCUUGUUCAAAACGGACACCGUAGACCCAUCAAAAAUCUCUUUAUCAGAAUUAGCUAAAUUUGAAACACUACUUAUCGAAUCGAUUUUAGACGAGCCGGAAAUUCAAUCGACCGGAUUGUGUCUAAUAGUCGACGCCCAAGGAAUUUCGAUGAGAAUGAUGAGUUGGUUGACGCCGAGUAAUAUUAAAAGAUCAAUUCGUCGAUUGGACAACAUUAUCAUGAAAGAUGGUGUGUUUCAUAUCGUUAGAUCAUCAUUUUUGUUAAGUGCUGCGAUGCGUGUUGUAAUGCCUUUGUUGCCACAAGUGAUUAAAGAUAGAUUAAAGUUUCAUUAUAACGAUUUUGAUUCGUUACAAGAACACAUCGAUCCUGAAUGUUUACCAAAAGAAUUCGGAGGUGAAUUAGAUUUGAAUUAUGAAGCUUUAAAUAAUGAGUUUCUACAGAAUAAUAUUAAACAAGAAGUUUUGUAUAGAAAAUUUGAUCAUAUUAGAGAUAUUGUUAAAACGGUUAAUACUGAUUAAUUAGCGAAAAUAAUUAAUGGAUAAAUUAAAAUAAACAAAUAAAGUUGGGUUUUUAUUUUUUA